AUGGCUUCGACGUCGUUAACCGAGUCUGCUGCGGCAGCCGCAUCCAAAACCACCAAGGAAGCCAAAGCUGCCAUGGAAAAUCCCUCUCAAAGUGUCUCUUCAUUUUUCCAUACCCCGUUCAUGCGUGCAGCCUUGCCGUUCCUCAACGGCGGCCUCGCAGGUAUGACAGCCACCACCUGUAUUCAACCUAUCGACAUGAUCAAGGUUCGAUUGCAGCUGGCAGGCGAAGGUGUCAGAACUGGCCCUCGCCCUUCGGCUUUAGGCGUCACCAAAGAGAUUAUCGCGUCGGGCAGAGUGCUUGAUCUAUACACCGGUCUGUCCGCAGGCCUCCUCCGCCAGGCGGUUUACACCACCGCACGACUCGGCUUUUUUGAUACUUUCAUGGCAACCUUGAACAAACGUGCCGCGUCCUCAGGAACAAAAGUUACUUUUGGCGAGCGCGCUGCUGCUGGUCUGACUGCCGGUGGGGUCGCAGCAAUGAUCGGAAACCCUGCAGAUCUAGCACUCAUCCGCAUGCAGUCUGAUGGAUUGAAACCAAAAGAAGCCAGAGCCAAUUACCGGUCCGUCAUUGAUGCCCUAGCUCGGAUUUCGAAAUCCGAAGGAAUCACUGCGUUGUGGGCUGGAGCUUUCCCGACGGUCAUCCGGGCAAUGGCCCUAAAUUUUGGUCAAUUGACCUUCUUUUCCGAAAGCAAGUCCCAGCUUCAAGCCCAUACGAAUCUUUCUCCCCAGAACAGGACUUUUGCUGCGUCGGCAAUUGCCGGGUUCUUUGCCAGUUUCCUAUCUUUGCCAUUUGAUUUCAUCAAGACCCGUCUGCAGAAGCAACAGAGAGACCCCAGCACCGGAAAAUUACCGUACAAGGGCAUGGUGACGCUUAUCGUCGUCGACUAUCUCAACCUCUUGACAUCAUAA